AUGAGGAGAACAAAGAGGAGGAUGAAGAAAUAUGAAGAGGAAGGCAGCACCACCGAUGAGAGAAAAAAGUCUGCAGAGGAGCUGAGUGACGGAGCAGUGUCCAGGAGGUCCAGCGUUUGCUGGAGAAGGGCCAAGCCACAGUACCUACGCGGAACCCCUUACGGCUCAGACUCUAGCAGCACCAUGAAGGAGGCCUCAGAGGAGACCUUCGGAGGACACUCCCCCAUCACAGAGGUGGACAAGGACACCAAUUACACCAUCUGAGAAAUCGUCUGGGUCUGACGCCAGUUGCCAGGGGUAAGCUGGCUCCCAGUUUGGAGCCACAGAGGAGAUUUUUAUGAUUCCGAUGAGAACUCCACAGUCUUCUGAGGAACGCGUUUGUCAGCUGUGAAGAAAGAUUAGCUGGAGUGAACUCUCACAUGGGUGUGAAGAGAAUACUGUGUGCUUCAUUCUCAGUGUUUCAUUCUCUUUACCUCUUUCUACCUCUUGGAAAGACUUCUUGCAUGGAAGUGGAAUAGGUUGUUCUUUCGUCUGCUUUGAAUUUUUCUCUUUUCAAUGGUGUUGAACCACACUUUAGCACCUUAGAAUUUCGUUUGUAUUCGAGAUGUUUCUUCAACCAAUUGCACAUUGUGACUAUUGACAUAUAGCCAUAUGAUGACCAUAAUGUAACAGUGCUAUGACCUACCAGCGGCAGGUAGCCUAGCAGUGAAGAGCGUUUGGCCAGUAGCCAAAGGUCUCUGGUUUGAAUCCUCGAGCUGACUAAGUGAAAAAUCAGUCUGUGCCCUUGAGCAAGGCACUUAUUACUAAUUGCUCCUGUAAGUCGCUCUGGAUAAGAAUGACUAAAAUGUAAAAUCAUGUUUACAGAGUUGUGUGUUUCAUAUCCUGUUACUGUCAUAGUUUUAAGAUAACUUACGUACAUUGAUUGCCAUACAAAUAUAUAUGACCUGUUUGGAUGCAUGAUAUAUUUUAAUAUACGUAAAUACUAUUUUAUCUGUGCAUUAAUCUCAUCUUUGGCUCUCCAUCUUUCUUUCCAUCUUUUGUUCUCAGCCUGGGGUGAGGAAGAAGCGGAUCAAGCUGGUGGUGGACAGGGAGUAUGAGACCAGCUCCACGGGAGAGGACAGCGCUCCUGAACCCCAGAGGAACCGCCUGUCUAAUGUCAACAGCCACUCCAACAUCAAUGGGAACGUCUACCUCUCUCAGAAUGGGACCAUUGUGCGGACCAGGAGGCCCGUGCACACCAACAACCUCAAGGUGAGCUCCCCUGGCCGCCUGGGCAAACCAUUUAAAAAGCUGGACAUGCUGACUGAGACUCAGGAGAAGCUUCCUCUAAACAGCAUGGGGGAACCGGUAACAGGAAAUGGAAUAUGUACACUUAUGGGCAUUACCUCCACCGUUGACAUUAACCUCAACAAUCGGUCCUCCAGCGGGUCCCUGGGGUCCAGCAUCAUACGCCUUGACAUAAUUGGGUUCAAAUACAAUAUUGCCAAGGCCCUACAUGACAGGAACAGCAGGAGUAACUGUUGUGUAAAUGAGCAGGAGUCGUGCGUGGACAACAUGGCAUCGAAAGAGACUUUGACUUCCCACAGCGACCACACACUAUCUGAGGAGGAGGAGCUGUGGAUGGGGCCUUGGAACAGCCUGCACAUACCAAUGACUAAAUUAUGA